AUCCGGUUACCUCAUCCUGGCAGCGUUGUUUCCUGGCCACCUCCCACUUGCGACGAGAGCGCCGAUGGCCCGCGACGACUACGACGACGACAGCGGGCUGGUCCAUGCGGAGAUCCCGACGACGUUCCGCGAGCUACGCGCUUGUAUGAUCUGCUCCCUCGUGAAGACGUACAGCCAGUUCUACGAGAGCGGCUGCGACAACUGCGCCGUGCUCAACAUGCAGGACAACCGCCAACGCGUGACGGAUUGCACGACCGCGUACUUUGAAGGCAUGAUUGCGAUGAUGCAGCCGCGCGAGAGCUGGGUCGCCAAGUGGCGCCGCAUCGGUCGGUUCGUGCCAGGCAUUUAUGCCGUCUCGGUCACGGGAGAGCUCAACGAUAGCAUCAAAAAGUACCUGGAGGAUUCCAACAUUCCUUAUCGCACAGACUAAUACAGCUGCGUGUCGUGAGUGCACUGA